AUGGAUGUUGCUUCACCAGUGGAGAAGGCAGAUGAUAUAGCUAAGAAAAUCAUUAGACCUCAGUUUCAAACUGAAAUACCAAAAUGGGUUGCUCGUCAUGCAAGGAGAUUGGUGCUAGCAGAAAGGGAUGGAACAUUUGAGACUUGUUACAAAAAAACACCACAAUUGGUCAUAGCUGCUACCUCAUUGAACCCAAGGAGCAUAGGUCAUUUCAGCUGGUCCAAAGAUGAUAAAGAUAACAGAUUUGAGAGUCUCAUUUUGGCGUAUAAUGCACAAAUAAAAGGUUUUAUGAAUGGUUGUAUAAUGGUUAUUGGGUUAGAUGGAGCUCACCUAACUGGUAAGUUUGGUGGUGUGAUGCUUUCAGCAACAUGUAUAGAUGCUCAGAAUGGGGUAUUUCCUUUAUGUAUGAUGAUUUGUAUGGGUGAAACUGAAGAAAAUUGGUUUAUGAUGUUAAAAGAAUUGAGAAAAAGGAUACCAGAUAUGGCUGGACUGACCUUUAUUUCUGAUAGAAUGAAGGGAAUUCUUGAAUCAGUAAAAAGAUUGUAUCCUUUGUCAAAUCAUAGAUACUGCCUAAGGCACCUAUACAAGAAUUUCUUGACCAAAGGAUUCAGAAAUCCAAGACCUGUACAGCUUCUUUGGCAGGCUGCAAAGGCAUACAAAUAUCAUCAUUGGGAGGAAGCCAUGCAAGAAAUAGCAGAGAUAUCUCCAGAUGCAUACAAAUACCUGAUUGAUGCAGAACCGAAGUCUUGGGCGAGGUCAUGGUUUCCUCAUGAUGUUGCUUGUGAGCACAUCUACUCCAACUUUUCAGAAAGUUUUAACAACAUGGCCCUGAAAUUCAGAGGCAAGCCUCUCACUCAGUUGGUUGAUAUGUACACACACUUGGUGAUGGUGUUGUUUUCAAAUAGAAGAAAGCUUGCUGGUGACCUUGUUCCUGCUGGGAAAGAUCUCAUUAAGGUGAUGUGUGAUCUUAGAGGUAACUAUGAAUGUGAUCCUUCUGUAGAGCACAAAGUGUAUGAGGUGACCAACAAAGCUACUGGCAAAGUUUUUGUCGUAAAAGUAGAAGAAAAAAAAUGUACAUGUAGACAGUGGCAAUUGAGGCAGUUCCCUUGCUUGCAUGGUGUAGUUGCAUUGUUUAAAUUGAAUCCUAAUUGGUCCAAGUAUUGCAGUAAGUACUACACUGUAGAUUACUCUAGGACAGCCUACCAAUGGUCAAUAACACCUUUGGGAAACAUUGAUGAGUAUCAGAAUAAGUGUUCAAAUUUUUUAAGAGAAAUGUCUCAAAAAGCUAUUAUGCUUUUUUUUGAUGCCAAACAUGAAGUUGUUGUUUCAAAGAUAUGUGGUAGUUUUAAAAAGAUUGAGAAACAAGUAGGACUCAAGUUUCGACAUGACCUUGUUCGUGAUGUAAUCGUUGACAUCUGUUACAAAGCUGGUGUACCUGUACGUAAAGAAGUUUUUCUUGGGUUUUUGUCCGAUAAUGACAAAAAUUUGCGCCCUGCGGACAUCCUAAUUCUUAAUUGGGAGAAUGGUGAAGAUGUUUGUACGGAUGUCAUAGGCGUCUCACCCUUCACAGGAGAAGGUGUUCGUGUUUUUUCACAUGGCUUUAGUUUGUGUAUUCUAGCUUUCUCUACUUUAGGAGAGAUUGGUGAGGAUACUUUGUGUUCUUCUAAGCGUUUGAAAAAUUAUUUAGUUACUAAUGAUACUAGCAGUGGCUUAGGAUAG